AUGAGAGGACUGGGUCUACUGAUCGGAGAAGAAACCAAGAACCUGUAUUGGCUCAUUCUGACCAGGGUGAAGUGCACAGACGAGGAAGACUUGGUUGAACUUGUCGAGUGUUGCAGAAAUGUGAAGACGAUGAAUCAUCUAAUGCUUCUUGGCUGUGGUACAAACGCAGACGGUAGACUAAGCCGUCACAUCACUGGUCUUCACAAUCCAAAGAAGUCACUCGGGGUGAUUGCCUUGCAUCAGCUCACACACAUCGACCUUACAGCACCGGACUCACUCCCAUCAGAGAAGCAGAGUGUAUCGAGAGAGACGAUGAGAGGACUGGGUCUUCUGAUCAGAGAACAAACCAAGAACCUACAAUGGCUCUGUCUGUCUAGAGUGAAGGGAACAAACGAAGAAGACUUGGUUGAACUCGUCGAAUGUUGCAAACAUGUGAAGACGAUAAAUCAUCUAAUGCUUCUUGGCUGUGGUACAAACGCAGACGGUAGACUAAGCCGUCACAUCACUGGUCUUCACAAUCCAAAGAAGUCACUCGGGGUGAUUGCCUUGCAUGAUGAUGGUCAACUCCGUGUAGAGAAAUGCCAGCUAUCUACCGAGAUGACCAAAAAGUUGUGGUCCUGUCUUAGAUCAUUCACUUCACUGAACCGUCUCACCAUCUCAGACUCCUCUCUCAGUUUCCCUUCAUCUCCUCCUGACCUUCCACCAGUCACAAAGCUAUCAGCCGAUAGUGUGACGUCACAAAGCUAUGAAGGUCUGCUUUCAUCGCUUCCUGGCUUGACAUAUAUCGAUAUUACUAUCGAUGAUGCAGAGAGAGACAUACCUCAGAUCACGGCUGGUCUUCGUCGGACCAGAGGACAGCAGCUCACACACAUCGACCUUACAGCACCGUACACACUCCCAUCAGAGAAGAACAGAGUAUCAAGAGAGACGAUGAGAGGCUUCGGUCUACUGAUCAGAGAACAAACCAAUAACCUGCAGCGGCUAGAUCUGAGAAGGGUGAAGUGCACAGACGAAAAAGACUUGGUUUACCUCAUCGAGUGCUGCAGACAUGUGAAGACGAUGACAGAGCUGUGGUAG